AUGCCUCUCCAGAUCUUCUGCACCAUCUCCUUCUCCAGCGAGGAAGGACCAAGAGAUGCUGCAGCCACCGAGAGGGCAGAGGACAGGACAGAGGAGUUCUUCUAUGGGCAGGAGGAGGAUGAAGAGAAGGAGGAAGAGGGCCCAGGGGCAGCCCCGGAUUUUGUGACCUUUGCCAGCAGCUGCACACUGCACGGCCUGAGCCACGUCUUCGUGGAGGGCAGCCUGGGUGCCCGCCAGGCUCUGUGGGCUUUGGCCUUCCUCCUCUCCCUCUCUGUCUUCCUCUACCAGGUGGCUGACCGCGUCGCCUACUACCUGGAGUACCACCACGUCUCGCUGCUCCGCGAGGAGGACAGCCCCGAGCUGACCUUCCCCGCGGUCACCUUCUGCAACAUCAACCGCGCGCGGCUCUCGCAGCUCAGCCGCCAGGACCUGCUCUACCUGGGGCCCCUGGUUGACUACGAAGCUGGCAUGGAGCUGGGCUUCACCCCGGCACAGCCUGGCCCCGGGGAGCAGGAGGAGCCCCUCGAUCUCUGGGGCUUCUUUAACCGCACUUGCCACCAGCUGGAGGAUAUGCUGCUGAGCUGCAGCUAUCGGGGCCAGCAGUGCGGCCCCGGGGACUUCGUGGCGGUCUUCACCCGCUACGGGAAGUGCUACACCUUCAACGCGGGGCAGGACGGGAAGCCUCGGCUCAUCAGCAUGAAGGGAGGCACCGGGAACGGCCUGGAGAUCAUGCUGGACAUCCAGCAGGACGAGUACCUGCCCGUCUGGGGGGAGACAGACGAGACCUCGUUUGAAGCUGGGAUCAAGGUGCAGAUCCACAGCCAGGACGAGCCCCCUCUGAUCGACCAGCUGGGCUUCGGGGUGGCUCCUGGCUUCCAGACCUUUGUGUCCUGCCAGGAGCAGCGGCUCAUCUACCUGCCGCCUCCCUGGGGCGACUGCAAGGCCGUGGUGGGCGACUCGGAGUUCUACGACACCUACAGCAUCACCGCCUGCCGCAUCGACUGCGAGACUCGCUACCUGGUGGAGAACUGCAACUGCCGCAUGGUCCACAUGCCAGGAGAUGCCCCUUACUGCACCCCCGAGCAGUACAAGGAGUGCGCGGACCCGGCCCUAGAUUUCCUGGUGGAGAAGGACAAUGAGUACUGUGUCUGCGAGAUGCCCUGCAACGUCACUCGCUACGGCAAGGAGCUCUCCAUGGUGAAGAUCCCCAGCAAGGCCUCUGCCAAGUACCUGGCCAAGAAGUACAACAAGUCGGAGCAGUACAUCGGGGAGAACAUCCUGGUGCUGGACAUCUUCUUCGAGGCCCUCAACUACGAGACGAUAGAGCAGAAGAAGGCUUACGAGGUCGCCGGCCUGCUGGGUGACAUUGGGGGCCAGAUGGGACUCUUCAUCGGGGCCAGCAUCCUCACCGUGCUGGAGCUCUUCGACUAUGCCUACGAGGUGAUAAAGCACCGACUGUGCCGGGGGGGCAAGUGCCACAAGAGCCACAAGAGGAGCAACUCGGACAAGGGCGUCACGCUCAGCAUGGACGACGUCAAGCGCCACAAUCCCUGUGAGAGCCUGCGGGGGCACCCGGCUGGCAUGACCUACACAGCCAACAUCCUACCUCACCACCCAGCCCGGGGCACCUUUGAGGACUUCACCUGCUAA